AUGAAUCAAAAAAUUAUUCUUACUUUUUUAUUUCUUACAAUUGGUGCACUUUAUAGUACUGUUAAUGGACAAGGAUUUCAUAAUGGUAUGAGAGGUGGUUUUGCUGAUCCACGUAUGGGAGGAGGUUUUGGUGGAAGUGGUUCAAUGGAUGGUCCACAAUUUGGUGGACGUGGACAUGGAAACUUUAAUCAAGGUUUUGGUGGACGAGGAUCAAUGAGUGGUUCACAAUUUGGUGGACGUGGACAAGGAAAUUUUAAUCAAGGUUUUGGUGGAAGAGGACCAAUGAGUGGUUCACAAUUUGGUGGACGUGGACAAGGAAAUUUUAAUCAAGGUUUUGGUGGAAGAGGACCAAUGAGUGGUUCUCAAUUUGGUGGACGUGGACCAAUGGGUGGUCCUCAUUUUGGUGGUCAAGGACCAUCAUUUGGAAGACUUAUUGGUGGAGCUAUUGACAGAUUAGGUUAA